CGCUGCCACUUAGAGCUGUGUCUGUAAACACAAGACAAAAUUUGGUUUGCUGCAAACAAUGUCAACAACAACAACUUUGUCACAUCAGGACAUUAUGAAUGACGACGAACCGGAUCCACGCAAUUGUCGAACCUGCAAUGUAUUAACCACCCGCUACUUAUCGCUAUACGAGCCCUACACCCAUGCCGGCGAACUGACAACGCUGGCAGCGCUGCUGAGCAACUGCGCCAACUUGGAGAUUUUACAAUCGGAGCGCUUUCUGCCCAGGCACAUGUGCGAGCAAUGUGUGGAGCUGCUACUGCAGUUCUGCGACUUCCAACGCAUGGUAUUGCGCACAGAUUUCAAGCUACGCAAACGUCAUGCGCAUACCCAGAGAAAAGUGAAUGCGCCGCAGUUGUCCAAGGGUUUGACAGAGCAGCAAAUAGAGGAGGAUGUGGCUGCUACUGCGGAUGAAUAUGUGUAUGUGCUGGAGGAGACCGUCGACAGCAUAGUGUCCGAGCAGCGUCUCGAUAGCUCGUCGCCCAAAGUGGAACUGUUUGAGGUUGACUUUGAGCCCGAAGAGAAGUAUGUAGAGGAACAGCACGAACAAGAGGAGGAAGAAACUUCAAUAGCAACAGUGAAGACAGAGGAAAGCAAUAUCAAACAACGCUCCCAGCAUCGACGCAAAUCCUAUAAUCCCGCUCUACAAUGCCCGAUGUGCAGCAAGCAGCUGAGCACGAGUAACUCCUUUAAAUAUCACAUGCAAUUGCAUGGCGAGGAUCGUCCCUAUGUGUGCAACAUUUGCGGCGAUUCAUUCAAGACACGCAACGCAUACGAUGGCCAUGCAACGCUCCACAAUCCCAACAAUCCCAACAAAUGUCGCACAUGCGGCAAAACGUAUCGUCAGGCCUCUUCGCUGCGCUCCCAUCUGUUGAGCCACACCGGUGUCAAGCCCUUCACCUGCGACAUAUGCGGAAAGGGUUUAACACAGAAGUCCGGCUACAAGAAGCACAUGCUGACGCACACGGGCGAAAAGCCGCACACCUGCGACAGCUGUGGACGCAGCUUCCGCUACUCCAGCAAUUUGAUUGCCCACAAACGUUCGCAUUCCCGCAAAGUUGGUGCCGUCGAUCAACAAAAGGAGCAGCUCGAAUAAUGCUAUAUAUACGACUAUAUAUAUAUAUAUAUAUAUAUAUAUAUAUAUAUAUAUAUAUAGUAGAAGAAGCCACCACGAAGCCAAAACUCUUCCACCUUAUGAAAACCUUAUGUACAAGUGAUUAAGAUUAGAAUUCGGCUGGCACCGCAUUUUCCAUUUUGGAUAUUCAUGCCCUGCGGCAAAUUUAAUAUUAACAUAGAAUAAGUAAGGUACAUUUUAAUAUUUUUUAAAUGUAGAAAUUCGAAAGAUUUGACAGCGAAAGUUUUCCUUGUAAUUUCACUUAUUAUUGUUGAAAUUAUUUUAUCUUUUAAUUUUGAAAGAGUUGUACUUUAAUUGACAUUUGCUACUAAUAUAAAUCUUGUUAAUUAUUCUAUGAAUAUUUCAAUUUAUACUUUUUUGAUUGAAGUCUCUUUAGAAUUUUACAUAUUUCCGCUACAUUUAAAUUCAAAUGUU